CCUUACAGCUAUGGGCCUAUUUGGGGUUAAAUGAACAAUACAAUAACAUAUUUUGCCAAAUUUACCCUUUGUCUGUGAAUUUUAGUCUUUCAUACUGAAUAUACAUAAAUUUUAGUAUUAAGAAAGUAGAUUAUUUUCCUGUUAUUUGAGAAACACAUGACAGAAAUAAUCAACUUACCUCUUGGACCCCCCUUGAUAAGGGAGGUAACUCUAUAUCUUGUCGAUUUGCUUGGUAGAGGCAGGUGGAAGCUUCAAGGAUAUUCGUUCUGAUGAAUGUCUUUAUUUAAUAAAUUUUAGGUCGUGUUGCUGGAAUUCUAUUAUGGGUUUCUUCAAAGUUGCCAUUAAAGGUUUGAUGUUGUUGAUUGGGAUGGUGGUGUCACUGCUCACCCUAUACUGGUAUUCCUACACAGGUCUGGUGGGAGUAGUUGCUGGAUGGUCAGGAAUACUUGUUGUUGAUGUUCAGCGGAAACGGAAACUUGAAAACCAGUCCUUUGGCGCCGCCUUGUAUCAUUACCUCACAGUAUCCAGUCUGUCAUGGCUGGGAUUCUUUAUGCGCCGAAAACUUGAAAAGUCAACCAAAAAUAUUCAAAAAGUUCAGGAGGAAACUCUUCUGAAGCAAGUGAAAAUUAAUGCCGAGACGGAAUAUGGGAAGAGAUAUGACUUCUCAGCAAUUCAUUCUGUUGAAGAAUUCAUUAACGCUCAUCCGCUAACUCGUUACAGUCAUUUUGAACCAUACAUUGACCGAAUGGUGAAAGGCGAGACAAACGUACUGACAGCUGAUCAGCCAAUCAUAUUUGGGGUCACAUCAGGAACUUCAGGCAAAAGUAACAUUCUGCCAAUGGUUAAAAGACAGGCGAUGUUGUUUUUGACUGAUGGAGUAGCAGUGCUGUAUAAUUGUUUGACUGAAGCAUUUCCAGCGUCAAGGUACCUUCAGAAAAAUUUAAAACUGUUUUACAAUCCUAAAUGGAGGGAAUCAGCAUCGGGAAUAAAGAUUGGGCCAAACUCAUCAACGCCAGCAAGGUCAAAGAGUCUCUUGCAUAUCUAUACCACACCGAAAAUAGCAUAUGACGUUCUCAGUGAACCCGAGGCUCUGUACCUCCAUCUGUUGUUUGCUCUUAAGGAGAAGAAGCUAGGGAUGCUGGAGGCAAAUUUCUCCUCCCUUAUCUUCAAUUCAUUUAGGACUAUGGAAGAAAAAUGGAACCUAUUGGUUGAUGAUAUUGAAAAAGGCAGAAUCAAUCCAGACCUGAAUAUUGAGGAACAUAUUUGUAAGGAGUUAAACUCAUUAAUGAAGCCAGACCCAGAACGUGCUUCAGAACUUCGAGAUGCUUACAAGGAAGGGAUUGUUGGCCUAGGAAGACGAAUAUGGCCGGAUGCUUCAGUUGUGAUUGGGGCAGACACAGGAACAUUUGAGUUUUAUGGGACAAAGUUGCGUGAGACGUAUCUGAAGGGCAUUCCACUGUAUUCACCCAUCUAUGCAGCUUCUGAGGGACUCCUUGGUGUGAAUGUCUGGCCAAAGCAGCACCCCAGCCGAUACCUCCUGGUUCCCACAUCACAGUUCUUUGAGUUCAUCCCGGUUGACAGGGCAGAGGAGCCACAGCCAGCUACACUGCUCAUGCAUCAGGUUGAAGCAGAUCAUGAGUAUGAGCUGGCCAUCACCAACCUCAGCUGCGUCUACAGAUACAGGUUCGGAGAUGUUGUCAAGGUGACUGGCUUCUACAAUCAGUGUCCAAUCAUCGAGUUCAAAUACAGACAAGGCCAGUUCUUGAAUGUUCGUGGGGAGAAGACCUCAGAGUUGUCCUUCUACUCUGCUCUUAGUGAGACAGUGCCACGCUGGUCUGAUGUCCACCUCACGGACUACUGCUGUGCUGAAAGCAUCCAUGUCGACGACGCUGGGAUACUCUCAAGUAUAGUUGGCAGCACACCGUGUUAUCACGUGUUUCUGGAGGUGGAGCCUUCAAAGUCGGGCGGAGCAGCCACGGUUACUAACACAGACAGGAACAAGAUUGAUGAGACUUUGAGUAGCCAGUCUUAUGUUUACAUUUCCUUCCGAAAGAAGGGAAGCAUCGGACCAAUGAAAGUCCAUCUUGUCAGGCCAGGCUCAUUUGCCGACCUUCGGCAUUUCAUGAUCCAGAACACCACAGCCUCCUCUGUGCAGUACAAAGUGCCCCGAGUCCUCAAGAAGAAGGAGGCAGUCAAGUUCAUGAUGGAUCGUGUCAUCAGCUAGUGCGUCUACAACAACUGUUAUAUCACAGUACAUGUAGUCCCCAUCUCAGAGAUCUACAUUCUAUUAUGAUAUGCAUCCUGGGCCUAUUCACAAUCAUAGCUUCAUUCUGAGACUGGUUCGACUGAUACAACACUAUUUGUUAGACAUUCAAUAAAAGCAACGGUUCCAUCAAAGACUAUACCACCUCUGUGGUCUUGUGAACAGAGCGUCUCUCCAGAGACCUGAAGGUCGAUGGUUCUAACCCCAUUCGCUUCAUACUAAAAGAGGGGCGGUCGGGUAGCCUAGUGGUUAAAGCGUUCGCUCGUCACGCUGAAGACCCGGGUUCGAUUCCCGACACGGGUACAAUGUGUGAAGCCCAUUUCUGGUGUCCCCCGCCGUGAUAU